UUCUGCCCGUGUCGAUGACGUAGGCAGCACUUUUUUCAUUAAUGGCUCUCACAGCAAAGACUGCCAGCAGAUGAGGGAGAAAAUCAUUCGGAGACUGAUACAAAACGGACUAACAUAAUUCCAGAUGUACAUGAGAUAUUUUUCUAGGCUAAUGUCAGCUAUGGCUGGACCCAGACCUGUGGUGUUCAGCGGCCCGUCUGGGGCCGGGAAGAGCACUCUGCUGAAGAAGCUCAUGAAAGAAUUCAACAGUGUCUUUGGCUUCAGCGUCUCCCAUACAACAAGAAAUCCUCGACCCGGAGAAGAGAAUGGCAAAGAUUACCAUUACGUCACACGGGAGGUGAUGCAGAAAGGAAUUGACGACGGCGAUUUCAUUGAGAGCGCAGUGUUUUCGGGGAACAUGUACGGGACGAGUAAAGCUGCCGUGCAAGCCGUCCAGGCCCAGAACCUCAUCUGUAUACUCGACAUUGACAUGCAGGGUGUGAUAAACAUCAAAAAAAGGACGGACCUCAAUCCCAUCUACAUCUCCAUCCAACCGCCAUCCAUGGCCGUCCUGGAAAAUCGUUUAAGAAACAGAAAGACGGAGACAGAGGAAAGCCUCCAAAAGCGUUUAAAUGCAGCACAGGUGGAAAUGGAGUUUAGUAAAGCACCUGGUACGUUUGAUGUCCUGGUUAUCAAUGAUAAUUUGGAGGAAGCCUAUGUGCAUUUAAAACAUGCUCUGCUUGAGGAAAUCAAUAUGGUCAAGAAUGUCAACAUGUCGUCGUAGGAGACGGAAGCAUCCCGACACCUUUUUUAGUCCCGUCCAGCCACUCCUCACCUCAGACCUCCAUUCCAGUUGUGAACAUUCCCUCAGAUGGUUUGUUCAGCUCAGACAAACAUCCCUUAGCGGAUACACAAAUAUAUGUUUUAUGGUGUUGGUUAUAUAGAGAGUUAGUUCUUACCAAAUGGUAUCAUGCUGUAAAAUGUGUUGUUGUUGUUCUUUUACUGACAGGAAGCACUUUCCACAUGUUUAUUUUCACUUGAAGAAAGAUACUCCAAUAAUGCUUACUUGAUAAGUUACCGGCAUGGUAUGUAAAACGCCCUCUUGGACUGGGUCUAUACUGCGUGCAGCUUCGCCCUCUCACCAAUCUGGUUCUAAUGACUCAUGCCAUAAACUGGUCUUUCAAGGGUGUGGAAAAGUCAUUGAUCUUGGCAGUUAUGCUACUCUUUUUUUUAUUUUGUGCCACCAGUCAGAGACAGAUAUCUGCACUCGUUUAGUUCACGAAGGAAACUUCAGCUUUACAAGUUCUGGAGAGAGAAAAAAUCAUGGCGGCUGUUUACUUUCAGGAGUUCAUGCGGGUUAACUUUACUUUAAAAAUAAUACAACUGCUAAUAUAAAUGCUUUUCUUUGACCAAUGAUGUGUGAAUUUCCAUAUAACUCCAUUAUAGUUUGCUUUGCUGGUUAACCAUGAAUAUUGUUGUGCUCUAGUAGGAUUAAAUCCCAUUAUAGAGGUGGAAAUUGUUGCUUGGAACAAAUAAAAAAUACUACAUCUAAUCUUACUUAGAAUAUAGCUUUUUAUUUUAUUUUGCGGUGUCUAACAGCAAUUUAACUUUUUAUUUUACAAUUGUACAUUUGUGAACUUUUAUAUUGUGUAACUAUCACCUGUACAGUGAAACUACAUUAAUUGGACUGUUUUUAUUCCUAACUGUAAGGAUGGGUUUUUAAAAUUUGAAGGAAAAUUAAAUGACAUGUUCAAGCACA